AUGCGAUUGUCCCGACUUACGAUACCAUUCUUCUGCAGGGUCAACACAACUGCAAUCUUCUCCGGUGUAAAUCCUCGUGCCUUUUCCCUCGAGUCGAUCAAGAGACGUUGUACGAGCCAUUGUUGUGCUUCCUGGCUCCAGCUCGGCGCGGCAGCGAUCAAGGCGCGAAUCGCCUCGAGCACGACCCACCAUGCCGGCUCCCGCAUCCACAUCUUUCGCAUAGCCAAUUGCAUCAAGGCCAGAAUCGAUUCCCUGAACUGCUCCGGGUCGGGUUGUUGGGGAUGGAAGAGGACGCCGGACCGUACAACGGCGUGGAUUCCGAGCAACCGAGCGAAAAGCAUGCCCCGUUCUUCACGAGGGUCGGUCGAACCCGUCGGCGCAGAACUGGCGAGAAUCUGGGCCAGAAUUGUCGAUGCUUUGGGAAAGGGUAAUCGAGAGAUUAAUUCGGUCAAGGCGACGGCGAAUCCUUGUCGCGAGGCUUCGUUGGUCGAGCCGAGUCCUGCGACGAGACGCUUGAUCGCGUACGGCGUGUCGACAUCAUCGGCAUCGGCGUCGGCAUUAUCGCCACGGCUCGCUUGUGCCGGCUUGGUCGAAGUGGAAGCUCGGGGCGAGUCGAGUGGGGUCGAGACGGUCGAAGACGUCGCCGCUUGGAUUAGGGCGAGCGACGAGAGCAGCGAGACGGAGGCGUCAAUGCGAGUCGGCAGAUCAUGCGACGACAGCAGAGGGAACAGCGGUACAAUCGAUUCUCCACCCGGUCGGACCAUGGUUCCUAUUAUUGUGCUCGUGGCUAUUGGCAAGUCGAAGCUAAGCGUAUAG